AGCGGGCAGUAGCUUGCGGGGGCCUGAGGCAUCCAUCGAUGGAGAGAACGCCUGAAAUAGGCCACAGAUUGCUUGAAAACCCCAAUUUCUGUCCGUGCCGAACGUUAGCGCUCAUCGACGUUGAUAUAUAUGUUUGGAAAUUUCUCUCAGUAUGGAAUGGGACGAACGAGCAGAGCAUGCCAAUGUCAUGGCAUCCGAUGAGUGGUUCACCAAAUUCCGGAUACGACGAGGCCCGCCUAUUGCCAAUUGGGUCUCUUCUUUCCGCAGCGACCAUCCAAGUGAGGUUGUUGAAGAUCUUUGUGGUUCCUUCAAUUGGAGCUGUCGCGUACGCUUCGAAGACAGCGUAGAGUGGCUAGUUCGUUUCGCCGUGCCUGGAAGAGUUAUGGACGGAGACGAGAAGCUACGUCGUGAAGUCUCAGUGAUGCACUUGCUUAGAGAAAAAACAAAGAUCCCGGUGCCUAAGGUUCAUGCUUGGGGUCUGUCAAAAGACAAUGCUCUAGGGUUAGGGCCCUUCAUCAUAAUGGAGUACAUUCCGGGCGGCGAAUCCCUCGGUCAUCUUUGGCGAGAAUCAAAUGAGAAGCGGAUAUUAAGAUCCGAUAUCAGCGAACGGGACCUGCGCACCGUGUAUCGCCAGAUAGCGGGCUUCUAUCUCGAGCUUUCGAAAUUAGAGUUUCCAAAUGUUGGGUCUCUAUCUAUGAAGGACGAUGAAAGCAUUCAGGCGGACUUGGGGCCGCUAACGCUUAAGAUGCAAGAAAUAGAGGCACAUGGAGGAGUCAAAGUUGGAGGCAACCGCUCGACAACAUUCCCAUCCGCGAGAGAUUACUUCGACUACGUCGCUGAGCAAGAUAUGGAACAUUUGUGCGAGCAGCCCAGCUCAGUCGACAACGAUGAUGAUGCCAGGGCCAAAUUCAGGUUCCGCCAUCAUUUCAACGCCAUUAUUCCACGCUUUGUGGCCGAUGAGUAUAACCAGACCGGCUUCCGACUAAUGUGCGAUGAUUUUCGCUACGGGAACAUGAUUGUCAACAACGCAAAAGAUCUUAAGAUAAUUGCAGUGAUAGACUGGGAAUGGACAUACGCAGCGCCGUACCAGAUGUUUUGCUCAGCCCCACGCUGGUUUCUAAUAAAACCCCCAAUGUUCUGGACAGCGCCCAACGGUUCUGAAUACGAACGAUACAACGCAUGCCUAGAAAUCUUUCUUGAAGAGCUUGAACAAGAGGAGAGCGAUAGAUACAAGGUCACGCCGCAGCUUGAGCCUCUGAAUCGACUAUCUGGCCUUAUGCGAAAGUCCAUGACCGACGGCAGGUUCUGGUUCCACGAAUUGAUCUACGACUGUUUCACAGUCGCCGAAAACACAGCCUGGAAAGCCAUUCGCGAUAUCUACCCUAAUACCGAUGAGCUUGCUCCUAUCUCGGAGCCAGAGCUCGAAAAGUUUGUCAAGAAGAAAAUGGAGGACUUGGCGGCGUAUAAGGCAGAAUGGGACGAGAUGAAAGCGAUCAUCGAUCGCAACCAGGCUGAAAUGAAUGAAACGAUGCAACAAAUGGCGUUGGAGGAUUCAGAAACUAGUGGAUGUAGUACGGAGCAAGUCGAGGUUGCGACGAAAAAUGGAGACAUGAUCGAGAACCUUGGAGGAGCCGACCAUCUGGAAUGAACAUUGAAUGAAAAGUAGAAGAGAAGCCAGCAGACGUAUGAAUGCGUGUAAAGUGGUCAGCGAUACUUUGUCUGAGGCAGCUCUAUAUGAUCAAUUAACGCGUAGCAACACAAUCCUAUACUUCUAUAUGUCUACUAGAUCUAUUUGGAGAUAUAUUGAUAAUUAUAUACUUGAGAGCGCUG